CCUUCCAUAUUACUCGUUUCUCUCACGUUCUUUUCAAUUUCAAAGGAUAUCUCUCUUUUUGUGUGUCAAAGUUCAUGAAAUUUCCAUGUUUUGUUGAUAUUUUAGUACUACUAUAUUGAUUUUUCAUAAAGAAAUUGUGUUAUAGAAUAACUUUAGAUUUCUGGUUUUCAUUUUGAUUACGCAGCUUAGGUGUUUGAUGAAUUGUCACCUGUUUUUUCUUUCCCAUUGAUUUGUUUCAGUUAUACUUUUUUUUUUAAUAAUUUGUAUAUGACAUAAAAAAUUUCAGAGCAGACUAAAUAUACUACUAUCUUUAUAUUUUCUGUAGAUAACUUUUUCUAUUCCAUUUAUUAUUAGUCUUUUAGCUUUAUUAUUAAAAAAUAUUAUUCUCAAUUGUUUCAAAGCCUACGGUACUCGGGCCCAAUUCUUCUUAAUUGGUUUAACCUAGCAAAUCGGAACACGCCGCUCCGGUAUUGUAAUUUUUCUCUCUCUUCUUCUUCUUCUUCUUCAACAUCCCUACUCUUUCUACCGUGAAUUCUCAGGUUUCCCAGUCCAUAGUAUUUAUUUUUUGAAUCGGGCGCGAAACUCGCUACGGCAACUACUUCCGCCGUUUUGUUCUCCCGAAAUGCAUAUGAGGCACCAGCGACAAUGAUGCGCCGGCGGACGGUUCCUCCACACCACCGCGAUAGCGCUGCCAUUAACUACCUGCAGUCUCUUAAGGUUUAUCUGGGACCCUACAAGUUUUUUUACUAAACACUUCAAUGCAGAAAAGUGCAGGAGGUAUUGCACGUCACUUGCUUGGAGGUUUAUAUUGUUAUCUAAGAAGAUGCAUAUUUUCAGUUUUAUCGGUCGGUCCUUUGCCGAGUCAUAUUUCUUUCAUCAUGGAUGGGAAUCGAAGAUAUGCCAAGAGGAGAAAUUUGGUAGAAGGUGAUGGACAUAAGGCUGGAUUUUCAGCUCUCAUGUCCAUUCUUAGAUACUGUUAUGAAUUGGGUAUUAAGUAUGUAAGUGUUUAUGCAUUCAGCAUUGAUAAUUUCAAAAGGAAGCCUGAAGAGGUUCAAACAUUCAUGGAAUUGAUGCGAGAAAAGAUCGAGGAGUUGCUUAAACAGGAAAGCAUUAUUAACGAAUACGGUGUUAGAUUACAUUUCAUUGGAAACAUGCAGUUAUUGACGGAACCUGUCAGGGUUGCUGCGGAAAAGGCGAUGAGAGUUACCGCCCACAACCAAGAGAGAGUUCUUUUAAUUUGUGUUGCUUAUACAUCGCGAGAUGAAAUCAUGCAUGCUGUUCAAGAGUCCUGCAAGGAUAAAUGGAAUGAAGUUCAAGCAUCUAAGGAAGAUAAAGUUUCCAACGGUGAGUUUACAAGAAUUAAUCAGGGCCCAAUAAGUAAUGGUGUUGAUUUUCACUUUCAUGAUUCAUGUAAAGAAAAUGAAACAAAAGCUUGUGGAAGUCUACAUGAAAGAGUAGAAUGCGCGAAAGAGAAAGAUUACUUAUUCGAGCAAAAUUUAGAAAAACACAGUGAUAGUGAUAAUUACAGCGAAGAUGAAAUCACACCUUGCAAUGAAGAGAGGAAGCACAAGCAAGGUGAGUUUGCUUCUAUAAAACUAGUUGAUAUUGAGAAGAACAUGUACAUGUCAGUGGCACCUGACCCGGAUAUCUUGAUUCGAACUUCUGGAGAGGCGCGUCUCAGUAAUUUUCUUCUUUGGCAGACUAGUGCAUGCCCUUUGUAUGCACCAAAAGUCCUCUGGCCUGAAAUUGGUCUGAGACACUUGGUAUGGGCAGUAUUGAAUUUCCAGAGACACCAUUUUUACUUGGAAAAGAAAAAGAAACAGUUUUAAUUGUAAAUUUAGUCGGCCAUUAUAUAGAGUAUUAUUUAUGUGAUUAUGGAGUGCUUUUCUAUCUUAGGCUAUUUGAUGUUUUUAUUUUACUUUGAUAAAAAUGGAUAUGAACUCUUCCCGCAGUUCCUAUAUGUGAUCCAUUUGAUGACCACCAAAAUUUGAUCACAGGUUUGUAUGCCUAAGCAAGCUGCAGAAUUUCGGUAUCAUUUUACGACAUAAAUAAGUCGUUACCUGACCCGACCGCCAUGUAUCAAUCCCUUGAAUUAUGAUAAUGAUCUCUUUCUCUCUU